AUGGAAGGAGUGUCUUCAGCAUCCAUUGAAGUUCUUCUCCAAAACCUCAUCAACCUUUUUAGUGAAGAGUACUCUUUACUUCGAAGUUUCGAUGAAGAUGCCCAGCAGCUGCAGAGGACAUUGGGGAUGAUUCAAGCCUACUUGAAUGAUGCUGAGAAGAAAUCCAUCACCCAAGAUGCCGUCAAGCUAUGGUUGAGGGAGCUUGAAGCCGUGGCUUUCGAUGCUGAAAAUAUCUUGGAUGAACUCAGCUAUCAUCUUCUCCACAAAAAAGUGAAGAAAAUGAAAUCAUCCAAGGAUAAGAGCAACAGAUCUUGGCAUUCAAAGCAUGGUUGUGAAUGCACCUGCUCCGCUGUUGCUCAUACUUCCGUCGAGACGGAUUCGUUCAGUCUUGAUCCAAUCUUUAUUGGAAGAGAUGAGGAUCUGCCUAAACUAGUUGACAUUCUCACUCAGAAACCCCCAGUGGAAGAGAAAAGGGUGUUCUCAAGCCUUGCUCUAGUGGGAAUGGGGGGUAUGGGGAAAACUACGUUGACUAGAAAAGUCUUUAAUCAUGAAAGGGUAAAGGCUCGAUUCGGAUCACUAAUUUGGGUUCAUGUUUCUCAAACUUUUGACGCAAUUAGUCUUUUCAACAAAAUACUUUAUAAGGUGACUAAAAAGGCUAGUGAUGGAGUUGAGAACAGCGAUGAUAUUUUGGAAAAAACUCAAAAAGCUCUCAAGGCUAGAGUUGAGAGCAGAGAUGAUAUCCUAGAAAAGCUUCAAGAAGCUCUCAAGGGUAAAACUUAUCUCCUUGUUCUUGAUGAUGUUUGGAAUGAUGAUGUUUCGAAAUGGGAAGGCUUUAUAAACUCCGUACUGGGAGUUACUUCUACUAAAGGAAAUGGCAUUAUCGUCACCACCAGGAGUGAAAAUGUUGCUUCCAUUGUUAACCCAUUUCAUAUUCAUCAUUUGAAUGGCUUAUCAGAUGAAGAUUGUUGGUCUAUAAUCAAAGUCAAAACUUUUGAUGAAAAUGGUGAAGUUCCAUCACGAUUAGAGAUGAUUGGAAGAAAGAUUGCUAAAAGAUGUCAGGGUAUGCCCUUAGCUGCUAAUGUAGUCGGGGGAGUGCUUCGCGGUAAGCCUGAAGAAGAGUGGAGCUUCAUCAAUGAAAAUUGGUUUUCAGAUGCUAAAGGAGGUGAAAAUAUCUCAAAAAUACUGAAAUUGAGCUAUGAUCACCUCUCUUCACCAUGGCUCAAGAAGUGCUUCACGUUUUGUUCGAUUUUCCCCAAAGGUCGGGAGAUCAAGAAGGAGGAGUUGAUUGAACUAUGGAUGGGAGAAGAGUUUCUUCAACCAAGCCGAAGAAAUUAUAUGGAGUUUGUGGGAAACAUGUUUUUUAAUGUGCUUCUACAGAAUUCUUUGUUGCAAGUUCAAUGGAAAGAUAUUUAUGGAAAUGUUUUAUAUUGUGUGAUGCAUGAUCUUGUGCAUGAUCUUGCAUCCUCAAUCCUAGCCAAUAAUGCAGAUGGCAGCAUUGUAAUUCGAUACAAGUUUCUUGAAGAAGAAUCAAGUCCCAUUCCAAAAAAUGUUGCUAAGCAUUUGCGUACAUUAUUCUUGAAAGGUGGAAUUCCUGGUACUAUAUUAUCAAACUUUCAAUGUCUGCAUAAUCUGACUCUUUCCGGUGAUUAA